ACGUGAGGGUGAUGGACACAGACUCCCCUCCUAAUGCUGACGCAGGGCUCAAACCAGCGCUGGAUGAGGCUCUGGAGUUUGUGCAUCAGGCGGCAGUGCCCAGCUCCUGGAGGACAGAGGUGAAGGACGAGAGUUCCAGCUGUGAGGAAGAUGAUGAUGAUGAUGAUGAGGAAGAACAGGAGGAAGACGCCAGCGAUGACGAGGAGGAGGAAGUGGAGCCCUUCCCCGAGGAGAGAGAGAACUUCUUGCAGCAGCUAUACAAGUUCAUGGAGGACAGAGGUGAGACACGUUCCUUAAGAUCAAUCCCAACUCCUGUUUGAUCCGCCACCUAGACUGACAGAGAACUGCCUCCCACACAGUUGAAUGCUAGUGUUGCAUGGAUUGUAGUGGUAUAAUGCAACUUCACUACCUUUUUGAUA